CUCCGCUGGAAGAGACGAACAGAUUUCCUGCGACGCGACGACGAAGCCGCCCCUUGUACCUCGCAAUUCGAAGAGAAUGAUACCCCCUUGACAAACAAAAAAAAAUAAAAAUAAAAACAUCCGCAUAAUGUCGAAUCUCACGGAUGUGCCAGCCGACAUAGCACACGCCUUCGAGGUGGGCAAUAUCCCACCCGGCAUCACCGUCGAAUUCUUGAUGGAAUCGCGCGAUGGUCCGACCAAGGCUGCGAUAUACUUUCUAUUCUUUUUCACCUUCGCAUUGAUGUUGGCCCGGUGCUAUUCGCGCAUAUUCGUGGUGCGGAAGUUUGGACUUGACGACUGGCUGGCGUGUCUGACCCUGAUUAUUUAUGUACCCGUUCUUGCACUUGCCAUUGUAUGCAUAGACAAUGGAAGUGGCAGGCGUAGCGCCUACGUCCACUAUGUCAUGUCGCUAGACAACGACCGCUCCAACCAAGCCGAACUCGAUGACCUUGUCUUGCAUUUUCUGUACACCAUCGCAUUGUUUACCUGCCGUCUGUCGGGCCUUGCGUUCUAUACCCGUCUCUCUGCCGCCCACGAUCAUCUUUUCCGGACCAUCAAGAUCUGUGCAGGCAUAUUUGUCGUCGUCUUUAUAGUCCAAUUCUUCCUCCUUCUAUUCCACUGCAUUCCCGUGACUGGCAAAUGGCCUUAUUCAUGGCAACCGGAUUACCACAAAUAUAAUUGUAUUACCUGGGGCGGAGUUUACAUUACUAUGUCGGCAUUGUCAUUUAUUUGCGAUGUGAUCAUGUUUGUGAUUCCUUCAAUGUUGAUUCACUUACUUCAUGUUCCGUUGCGAAGGAAACUGGGGCUGGCACUGGUAAUGUUUCCUGGUGUACUGGUCCUACUAAUAACGAUCGCUCGCAUUUACCUUGUCUGCCUCGGCCAGUGGUCCACCGAUAACACCUGGCUGUAUGACCCUCAGCUUGCGGUUGAAAUGGCCGAAAUUGGCUCUACACUCAUUGCUCUUUCUAUACCCGCCUUGAAGCCAUUGUUCGGUGUAUAUGUCAUGACCAAAAUUCGUUCGUCCAGCGACGAUAACCGUAACGAUAACAUGCCGUAUUCGAACCAACUUAUUCGGUUAUCCUGAAGAUACCCCUUUGGAUUGUUACGUUGAGAAUAGCGUAGCUUAUUCUAUGACAUUUCACCAUUGCGGGUCCCCUCCAUACGUUUUUUUGUCGGCAUAUAUGCUUGCCUAAGGCACCCGGUCACGUGGGAAGCA